UUUGAGAUUAUAAACCCAGCAUGCCCAUUCCCAGUGUUCACACACUCUAGCUUGGGCAAGUAAAGCAACCAAAACCAAGCAGCGACCAUCAUGGCCACCCUCCUCCCCCACCACCACCUUCUCCUUCUCCUCUCUCUCGCCGUCGCCGCCUUCUCCGCCGCCACCCCUCCGUCCUCCCUCGUCAUCUCCGCCUGCGCCCACGCCCGCUACCCCUCCCUCUGCGUCAGCACCCUCGUCCCCACCUCCCCCCGCUCCCCCACCGACCUCGCCCGCGCUGCCACCGCCGCCGCCCACUCCGCCUCCUGCAACGCCUCCUCCGCCGUCCGCAGCAUCCCCCUCCCGGCCGCCACCCCCCGCGGCCGCGCCGCCCUCCGCGACUGCGCCUCCCUCCUCUCCAACGCCGCCGGCCAGCUGGCCCGCGCGGAGGCCGAGCUCCGCCGCCUCCGCCCCGACACGCUCCGGGGGCAGCUGGACAACGCCCAGACCUGGGCCAGCGCCGCCAUGACCUGCCAGGACACGUGUCUCGACUCCUUUCGUGGGAUUGCGGGGCCCACCCGGGAUGCCGUCGCCGGCCGGGUGGUCCAGCUCUCCCAGCUGACCAGCAACGCGCUCUACCUCAUUGCUCGCCUCGCCUCCCCCCAGGGCCGGGGCCGUUGACCCUUAGUUUGACCGGCGUCCAGAAUCUAGCUGCCGAGAUGCUACGUACCGUGUCAUGUUGUUAAUUAUGUAAUGUGGAAUCUUGUGGUGUAUGCAGGGGAAUAACUAGUAAGUGGGUUUUCUUUUCUUCCCAUAAAAAGUUGUAUGAUACUGCUGUGUGUAACGUCUGAAUCUUGGUAAAAGUAAAGCUUCAACGAGUGUUUCUGUACACUUGUUUUGCCCUUCAUGUUAUUUUUUUUCAGUUUUUAUUUUGAUAAUUUUAAGAUAGUUUAGAGAUUGACAGACUUA